GACAAAUUUUCAGUGUCCACAUCUAGUAGUGCAAUAUGGCAGACUUGAAAAAAGAUCUGGACGACUAUUUGUCAAGAAACAAUGACAAACCGCAGGCAAAACACAGUAAUUUGUCACUUUCUUUCGCGCUACCUGAAUUUGGAAAAUGGACAAAAAAGCAAAAUGCUCCUCAGGAAGAAACCAGCUACGGUUGGUUUCAAGAAACCCAAAAGGACUGCUGCCCCAGUAUGGGUCGAAUGCAGAGAAUUGUCGGAUUCUGCCUCUGUAUAUGUAUGGGAAUGAUUUGUUUCUCCCUUGCAGCAUUUUAUGCUCCAGUUCUUCUUCUUAAAGCAAGGAAAUUCGCACUGCUUUAUACAAUGGGCAGUUUGUUUUUCAUAUGCAGCUUCUCAUUUCUUUGGGGCCCGAUGAGCCACCUACGCCACCUUUUCUCUCGAGAAAGAAUGAUGUUUACAGUAUCAUAUUUUGGUACUCUUUUCGCUACCCUCUACUUUGCCCUCUUUGCCCAAAGCACUCCAUUGACUGUGUUGUGUGCUGUUUUACAAAUUAUUGCCCUUCUAUUUUUCUUGAUGAGUUCCAUUCCUGGUGGGAGGACAGGUAUAAGCUUCUUCACCAAGUUGUUCACCUCCAAAAUCAGUAGCAGCAUGAACAUGAGUAAGACCCCAUUGUUACCAGUGUGAUCAAAAAUUCAUUUGCAUUCCUGUACUUUUGAUGAAUGGGUUUUCUAACACAACCUGUGUAAAUGAAUUUUUAAAUGAAUUCUCAUACCUGGCAUAGCAAAAGCAAAGGUAUUCACUGUUGUUCACUGAUUGAUGUUUCUAAGCAGUGUUUCAGUUGCAUUUGUUUUAUUUUCUUUGGUCUUGAUAAUCCUGUUUUAAAUAUUGAGAGGUCUUUGCGGUGGGUAUUAUUGUAAAGUAUUAGAACAUAAUGUCUUAUGUUACACAAAAUUUCUUGAGUGUGUUUUUUUCCACCUUUUGUAACUUGUUUGAUGUACGCAGUAUUACCUAGACAUCAAGAUUUACUUUAACAAAUGUUCCUGUAACAUGAUAUCUGAUAUUAUGACUAUUUGAUGUUUCCCUUAUGUCUUUUAAUAUCAUGUGAUCUAGUUAUUCAACCUAAUUGUCAUUUUUUUAAUUUAAGAAAUGAUCUUAAUUCUUGCAUACUAGCCAUAUCUAUUAUUAAUGCAAAAUUGCUUAUAUGGAGCAAUUUUUGUGUACAUAUAAAAAUAAUUUAUUCUGUGAUACUGUCUUUCGUAGAUUGAAGUUCUACCGUGGAAACCAAACCAUGCUGUGAUCAACAGUUAAAUGCAAACUUCCAAUGUAUUUAUUGUUGAUGAGCCAAGAGCGAAUUGUAGUAUAUUUAAUAAUUUUUUGUCAUAGUUCUAUACUUAUAAGGACUGAUGGUGCCUUUAGGCAAAUACCAAAGUCUGACAUCACUUCCUAAAUUCUGGUCGUUUUUUUGCCUUUGUUGAUCCGAUAUUUUAUGGUCUACCGCAACUAAUUCAAAGGAGGAUAUAUAUCGAUUAUAAGCAUGUCACAUUUUACGUGUAGAUUUUAUUUUAUUUUAAGAAGGCAAAAUAUAACUUGCCUAUUCCUGUUGCUGAAUUUCUGUUGCCAAAGACUGAACUUGAGAAAGUAAACCGUUGUUGUCGAUAA